AUGACAAGUGUAACAGCAAGUGAUAUUGAAAAGUUGAGUCUGUACCAUGAUGAAAUCGUGAAUGAGCCGCAAGCUCUUACUUCUGAACACCAUGAUUUUCUUAUGGCUAGACAUGGUUCAGUUCAGUUGGAUCCACUCCCAUCGAGUGAUCCUAGUGAUCCACUUAACUGGCCUACAUGGAAGAAAAAUUAUGAAAUCAUUUUAAUUGCGUUUCAAACAUUUAGUAGUACAUUUAUGGCUGCAGGACUUACGCCUGCUUACGAACCUAUGGCGGAAGCAUACGGAAUGACACCUCAUGAAUGUACUUAUUUCACUUCUGCUCAAAUUUGCGUUUUAGGAAUUCUUCCAUUAUUCUGGGUUCCAAUAAUGAACACAUACGGUAGAAGGCCGUUUUUAACGUUCUCGGCCUUGGCAUGUUGUGCAUUAAAUAUUGGUGGUGGUUUUUGUACUACUUAUGGGCAACAAAUGGCUACUGGAGUUUUAGUAGCGUUUUUUAUUUCAACCGGGGUCUCUGCUGGUAGUUCUGUUGUAGGUGAUUUAGCCUUUCGACAUGAAAGAGGUAAAAAGAACGGUUGGUGGUCUCUUGGGCUUAUUAUAGGUACACCAGGUGGCCCGUUCUUCAUGGGAUUUGUUCAAUACCAUGUUGGAACGAAAUGGAUUUAUUUCACAUUUGCAAUUAUGAACUUCAUACAAUUUAUUUUAUGGUUACUUGCAGACGAAACAGUAUACGUGAGACAAUCUGAGGCUAGCUCUGUUCUUCCAAAAAGCACUAACGGGGGGAUUAAGAAUUGGUUAGGCUUUUGCAAACAGACCCAGAAUGAAUUACAUUGGUCUCUUUUUAUAAGACCAUUGAAACAAGCAGCCAGCUUUAAUGUUUGCAUGGCAGUCAUAGCAGCAUCCGUAACAUUUUGUUAUGCAAACAUUCUUCUUGUGGUGGAAAUGCCACAGACUUUUGGAGAGUUGUUUCAUCUUAAUGCUCAACAAUUAAGUUUGCAUUAUAUUGCACUUAUAGUUGGGUCAAUUAUUGGGGAGUUACUUUCUGGUCACGUCUCUGACUGGUGGAUGACGAUAUGUUACAAGAAAAGAGGUGGUGAAAGGGUGAUUGUUGAUAGGUUAUGGGUAUCGUACAAUGGAUACAUCUUUGUUAUUGUUGGAUUGAUAGUCUGGGGUAUUUAUUUAAAUAGGGUGAAAGAAAAUCACUGGACCAUAUCACCUUUGAUAGGAGCUGCUAUUAUGGCAGUAGGAAAUGAUAUCAUUGCAACUGUUUUGACAGCUUUUGCCAUUGAUACCCACCCUGAAUAUGCGUCUGACAUUGGUUUAUUCUUGAACUUAGUACGCCAAGUUUUCGGUUUUAUUGGUCCAUUCUACCUUACUUUAAUGAUCGAGACUCUUUCUUAUGCAGGGGCUGCUGGGCUAAUGAUUGGAUUAAUGGUAGUGUUUGGCUUUGUUCCCACUGCAUUGGCGCAUUUAGUUGGACAUAGGCGUACGCGUACUAAAGCAUGA